AUGUCAUUCACACUACCUGAGACGAUGAUGCCGUUGGCCUCGAGAACGGUGAAGGAAAAAAUUGUUCCUGAGAAACAGGAGAAAACCGAAGCAGAAGCUGAACGACUUCUUACAUAUCAGAAAAAAGAGUUCGAAGACAUUAUUGAGCGACAACAGGAACGCAUCCGGACCAUGCGGACGACUGUUACUAUCGACAUCGAGUGCAAUGAGGGACUGCGCCGUGCCCAACUAUUAGCAGAGAAGCGGGGGCUGGAAGAGGAGCUGGAUGUCCUUACUGGGAAGUUAGAUGAUCUUCAUGCACGCUGGAAAGAGGCGCGUCAAAUGGGCAAUCACGAAUUUCAGUGGGGAGAGAUAAAAUCUAACCUUGAAAAAACUAUAGGCCGCACCUGUGACCUCCAGGCGGAGAUUCAGAUCUCGGGAAAACAGUUAGAGGCGGUUAAAACAUCGACCGAAACUGAAAAGGAACGGUUAAACACAAUUCGAAAGGAACUUCAACGGACACAGCAGCAUGUGAAGUGGAUGCUGGAGUGCCAGACUGUUGAUGAACAGAAUUUUAAGAACCGCAUUCGGGACGAAGAGGAAUACCUUCGACAACUCAUGGAAGCACGGGACACGACAGAAAAAGAGGUUGCUCAGUUAACGGCGAAGGAAGGGCUCGAGAUGCUGCCGCUUCAAGAAGACGUCGACGUGUUGGAGAUGUACUUGGAAGAAAUGCAGAGGCGCACUCACGCCCUCCAGAUCCAGUGUCAAGACCUUCGACAUCAGGUGGAGGAGACAAAGAAAUCGGCAGAGGUAUCGGAUCAAGCAUCGCUGUCAUUGGCUUAUCAGCGUGCUGUGGAGUAUGUUGAUCAGAAAUUGAUUCAGUCUUUGAAUGGAAAACAGGAGCUGGCGCGCCGUCAGCGUCUCGUCCCAUUGUCUGUAAAUACCAACAGGGCGCUAUGGCUGCGGAAUUAUCUUGAUGUGUGGAACGGCAUUUCCCACGACUGUAAAAGGAUACUUAAGGAUGCAAAACCUGUAACUGAAGGUGACAUUACAGAACGGAAGCGACAAAUUGAAGUCGCACAGCAAAGACUCAAUGAAGUUACGGGUGUGCAGGGCGGAGAAUCGAGGGAAAAGCAAGGUGCUGUGAUGAUGGUAGAGAACUUGUUUUACUUGAUGCGAGAACGGCAGAAGACAGAAGCUCAGCUCCAGCAACGUCUUGAAGAGGCUGCAAGUGGCAUUGGUGAACCGCCUUCGUCUUAUGUUUCUCUUGUCAAGACAGAAGGGUACAACGACAUGAUUGACGAUGAUGACGAUGAACCGCUUUUGCCAACUGAGUUAAAUGAGCAGCUGAUUGAUCCUAUUGCGGAAGAAAACCAUGAAGAGGCUCUUGAUGAAAUGCGCAGUGCGGUUGAAUUCACUCCUGACAAUUUGAGGGAAGUUGAAAAGCUUCAGCUGGCGGCACAUCGCUCUCGUGAUCAGUUGCGAGUGUUUCUGCAGCAGAAAUCGUUGCUAUUAAAUGAGCAGAAUGCGCGGGCGCAUGUACCACUGCGACGUGCAGUGCCGUAUGUCCCACCGAACACAAUAGAGGGUGCGCUGAGCCAGAUCCAAGAGAAACUGGUUGGCGAGGUUUUGAGUUUUGUGAAGAGCCGAAAGCAGAAAAUAGCGCGGGGACAUAUAGAUCCGCGACAAGAGACUAUUUCAUCGGAUCCACGUUACACAGUUGAGGCAAACGAUAUACAGGCGAGGGCGCGCCGAUUGCUCUCUGAAUAUCGAGGCACAUCCUUCUCUGCUGCUGAUCGCAAGUGGAGCGCGACGCGGCCGUCUCCCGUAUCGGGCGUAUUUCAGCGCAUUAUUGUAGAGGGUGCUCGCCUGCCGCCCGAUAUCAUGAGUGCCUCACCAGCGCGACAGGCAAAGUAUUUCCUGUCGUGUGCUGUACGAGGCUUCACUGCCGUAAUGCUAGAUCCGGGAAGCGCUACUCCCACUGUGCGGCAGCUUUUUCUCACUAGGGAUCUCAACUGGCUUUGCGCGCGUGACGUGACCAAAACGGAGGUGGCAGGACUUGAUAAGGUCGAUGUCACUGUGAAGCUGUCGGAUGUGUGCAACAUUAUUGUGACACCAGACCAACGAGUCACUGUAUCGAAGCUGAAACCGGACUUCUCGUUCGCCAUUAUGGUAAACGCGGGGAGAGACCGUAGUGCCUGUUGGGUUGUGCAAACUGACAACAGCGAGAGCAGAAGAUUUUGGGCGUAUGUGCUUGCGUGGAUAGUUAAUGAAGCUGCAUCCAACAACAAGGAUGCGAUUAUCGUUAGACUAAGGGCCGCGAACGAGAUCCUUGUGUUGGAUGCUGUAGGGGCAACCGCGGAUAGCGUGGAACCCACGGAUCGUCAUGGGCUGCUGGUGCAAGUUGAUGACAAAUGA